AUGUCUAGUGAACCAAUUCGUGAUGCUGCUAUUCUUGAAUGUGGUAAUUGUAUAAUGGAUACUUGUGUUGCUCAAGAACGAAAAAUUAUUAGAAAAAAAGCACAAAUAAUGGAAAUUAUUUUUAAAUCAUUUGAAUUAGAACAAUCGGAUCGAAUGAUCUUCGGUGCGAUUUUUGCUUGUUUAUGUACAUGGGGGUUAUUUAUUAACAGCAAAGAAAUAACCUCAUUUUAUACGUUGCAUGCUUUUUAUGUUGUACUGGGCCUGAUACUUUAUCUGUUAGGAUAUAUCAGCAUGAAAUUGAUCAUUGUUGAUAUAUUACCUACAGUUGAAGAACAAAAUCUUCAACAGCAACAAUCGUUGGAAGAAACAUUUGUUUAG